CCACACUUCAACCAUCAACCAUCCUCAUCUCGUCUCCGUAACCUCUCUUCUAUUCCCUUGUUCCGUCAUUUAAACAUUCGCUCAGUCAUAAACUGCUGUCCUUCCCACCUGCGCAAUUGAAACCUUCAUUCCCUUAACCAGACGCCCCUUCUUUCCUCCCCUCCACUCUCCUCAAAUGUCACCCCAUCCCCCCUCCGAUCCCACCACACUCGCACACGUCCAAUUCUUCCACUCCACCCGCCUAACCUCCUCCCCAAUCUACACCUUCCUCCUCUCCUCCACCACUCUCAUCUACGCCUCCAAAGGCACCAUCCGCGCUCGCCUCCAACUAUCCCACAACCACCUAAACUCGCACUCCUCCCUCCACGGCUCCGUCUCUGCCACCAUAGUCGACUGGGCCGGCGGCCUGGCAAUCGCCGCGUACGAUCUGCGAGACAAGACGGGCGUGAGCACGGACAUCCAUGUGUCGUACCUAGGGACGGCUCGGGAGGGCGAGGUUGUGGAGAUUGAGGCGCAGGUGGAUAAGGUGGGGAAGAGAAUGGCGUUCACGAAUGUCACGAUCCGGAAGGUGGUGGAGGGGAAGGAGGAGGCUGAGUGGCCUGUGGUGGCUAAAGGAAGCCAUACGAAGUUUUUGAGUGGCUGAUGUGGACGGAAGGGUUCUUGCUGUACGCUGUUGCUUGUGCUACCUGAUCGACACAUUGACCCCCUCUUCUGAUCAAAUCCUCCCCUCUCUCUCCACAAUAGCUAAGGGAAACGGCACGAACUAAACGCCAUUGUCUUUGGACCGUCGUUUCUGCUCCCCCAUGAAUGAUGGAUUUCCACUCAGAUGGCGAAGAUGGACGUAACCAGUCGGUAUCCCCAUACCAACUGGGACCCUUUUGUUUCGAAAACCAGGCAGAGCUCUCGCGGCAAUGACAGGCUGGGAAUUAUGAAGGGUUACAUUCUUCGAAUUGGAGAUGGUGCGUUGUAGGAAUAUGGUAUGGUUUUCACAUUGAUGU